UUUAUGACGUGACGUCUACUUCCGGUGUAUGCUAUCUGCGCGAGACUGCAGUGCCCACUACAAACUUCCUUUAGCAAAGCGCCAUUUUCGGCGUUGUCACUGGAUUGCAGUAUGCUAGAGUCAAAUAGAUAAUAAGACUUGUAUUUAGUGUUGUAAGACUUGAGUAUCAGUAUUCCUUAAAAUGGGACGAAAAAAGAAGAAGCAGAUGAAGCCAUGGUGCUGGUACUGUAAUCGAGACUUUGAUGAUGAAAAGAUCCUCAUUCAGCAUCAGAAGGCAAAGCAUUUUAAAUGCCACAUUUGCCAUAAAAAGUUGUACACUGGUCCAGGCUUGGCCAUUCACUGCAUGCAGGUGCAUAAAGAGACUAUUGACAGUGUACCAAAUGCAAUUCCUGGAAGAACAGACAUUGAGCUGGAGAUCUAUGGCAUGGAGGGGAUUCCAGAGAAAGAUAUGCAGGAAAGGAGAAGGACAUUAGAACAGAAAUCACAAGAGAGUCAAAAGAAGAAAAACAAUCAGGAUGACUCUGAUGAAGAUGAUGAUGAUGAUGAGGAAGCAGGACCAUCAGUUUCGCAGGCUGGUGCUAUCCAGCCCCAAGCGGGCUAUGCAGCACCAAUGACCCAGCCUGGUAUUCCUCCUGUGGCUGGUGCACCCGGGAUGCCUCCUGGAGGAUAUCAAGGAAUGCCUCCUAUGAUGCCAGGCAUCCCUCCCAUGAUGCACGGUAUGCCUCCUGCUAUGCAUGGGAUGCCACCAGGGAUGAUGCCAAUGGGAGGGAUGAUGCCUCCCAUGAUGCCAGGAAUGCGUAUUCCGCCAGCAAUGCCACCUCACAUGGCUCCAAGGCCAGGUAUGCCUCACAUGGCCCCGGCCCCUGCAGCAGGGGCGAUACCCAGUCGACCGUCAGCACCAGCAGCACAGCCUGCUGUCACCAAGCCUCUAUUUCCCAGUGCAGCACAGAUGGGCUCUGGUGUUCACAGCAGCACAGCAGCCAUUUCCUCUCCACCUGCAGACCUUCAGUCUGCCUCCUCCCAGCCUCCCUUUCCUAACACGCCACAAGCUCAGCAGAGUGCUUCAGCAGCUGCAGCUUCAAGCAGUACAGCCGCCUCCUCUGACCCACCCAAAGCCACAUUCCCUGCCUACACCCAACCCUCUGUCUCCUCUUCCUCUUCCACUUCUUCUAACCCCUCUAGCAGCACUGUGGCCAAACCCCCGGCCACAGUGACCAGUAAGCCUGCCACUCUCACCACCACGAGUGCAACUAGUAAGUUGAUCCACCCUGAUGAGGAUAUCUCACUGGAGGAGAUGAAAGCUCAGUUACCUCGUUACCAGCGUCUUAUACCCAGGCCGGGUCAGGCCCAUGCGGCUGCUUCUCCAGUGGCCACUGUGGGCAGCAUAAUUCCCCCACAGCAAGGCAUGCCACCACAGCAGCCUGGCAUGAGGCAUCCCAUGCAUGGUCAGUAUGGUGCUCCUCCUCAGGGCAUGCCAAGCUACAUGCCUGGAGGGAUGCCUCCAUAUGGGCAGGGUCCUCCUAUGGUGCCCCCUUACCAGGGAGGUCCUCCCAUGGGCAUGAGGCCGCCUGUCAUGUCUCCGGCUGGACGCUACUGAAGCAGCAAAGCAGCCACCACAUUAGGUUUGAGGUUAACACCUUUCUCUCAUCUUUGUGCUUUUUCAAACAUAGCUGCAAGCAAAGAGCAGAUAAGACCAGUGGUGGUGAAGACAAACAUUAUUUGUUAGAACACAUGGACGUUUAAUGUAACAUCUUUAUUUGAAAACAGCCAAGCACCACAUAGGUUCCUGACAGUUAUAUUGUUGUUUUGAUUACAUGUGAGGAUAUAUAUAUUUUUCCCAUAGGUCCUACUCAGGUUUAUAGAAGUGAAGUGUGUUAAAAUGAUUCAUGUUUCUUUUGAAGCUGCUGGAGUUACAUGAGUGUACCAACAUCUUAAAAAGGCAAGUUUCUCUUGUAAACAUAAUUAAGUUUUGUUUAUUGCUUUGGUAGAGUGAUUGAGGCCCUCACAGCAUGUUUAGGUGCUGUUGGACUUGCGUCCCCAACCUUGGUUGGUGAGGGUCUCAGUAAUGAUUCCAACUAAGUAGUGUUAGAAAUCCAUGACUCGUCAAUCUCUAGCUUUAUUCUUAUUUCAGGUUUGUUUUGAAUAUCUCCUGGUCUAAAGGGUACCUGUAUGCAUCCUUUGUAAUGUUUUAUGAAUC